AACCAAGCAAUUCCUGGGCAAAACUGGCAUCGGUGAAUGCAGCACAAAAUGCUGCUGAGGACAGCAUCCAUAUUUUCGUGGGCACAAAAUAUGCGAUGAAGUCCACAGCUACAUCAUGCGCUGCACUCACCCAUGCCAGCAAAUGGAAUUAAUCAAAAAAGUCAAACAAUUCCUGAACAUUGGUGAAUGCAACACGUGAUGCUGCUGAGGACAGCAUCACAAUUUUCGUGGGUACAAAAUAUGUGAUGAAGUCCACAGCUACAUCAUGCGCUGCACCCACCCAUGCCAGCAAAUGGAAUUAAUCAAAAAAGUCAAACAAUUCCUAAACAUUGGUGAAUGCAACACGUGAUGCUGCUGAGGACAGCAUCACAAUUUUCGUGGGUACAAAAUAUGUGAUGUAGUCCACAGAUACAUCAUGCGCUGCACCCACCCAUGCCAGCAAAUGGAAUUAAUCAAAAAAGUCAAACAAUUCCUAAACAUUGGUGAAUGCAACACGUGAUGCUGCUGAGGACAGCAUCACAAUUUUCUGGGUACAAAAUAUGUGAUGGAGUCCACAGCUACAUUAAGUGCUGCACUCACCCAUGUCAGCAAUUGGAAUUAAUUGGGGUACUGGAGAGCCCAACUGCAAGGGGCAUGCUCCUCCCGCCAUAAGCUGUACACAGGCAGAAGACAGACAAAUUCCUGCCAAACAAAACAAAAUCAUCAUCACCGCAAUAGGCCACUGGACACGGCAGACCACCAAGCGGCAAAAUAUACCGUGGCUGCCGUCUCGCGGGUGUCCAGAAGUUCUCUCCGGCUUCCGUAGCAAAUCUCUCGCCGGGAGCUAGAGAUUUAAUCGUGGCUCUGGAGGCCUCCACGUAGGAGUCGUGGCCUCACAUCCCGGGAGGUCCACGCAAAUUUUUUUUCUUCCUUAAGGUUUGAUGUCAUCUCGUGUGAUACAUUAGGGUGUCCCGCAACAAACCUCGGCAAACAUACUACUGCUCAGCCGGCAUUUGACAUUACGAGUUGUAAACAACCCACCAGGGUUGUUGUUGUUGGGCAAAUGACCCUACCUUCUAAGUUCUUAACUUUUUUAUUCAGUGAAAGUCGACUUCGAAUUUUUUACCCAAAAAUUCUAUUAUCGAUUAGUCAAAAGUUUGCAAUGCCACACGGCCGAAUUAAUAUUACAUACACUCACUGACUCACUGCAUCCCAAGACCCCACAGUCCACUAAACCAACCUUUAGAGACGAAGAAGUCAUCAUUUUACGGACGAGUUUAUUAACGCGUUGAUCGUAUAAUUAAAAUAAAAAAGGAUAAAACUUCGGCGCAUUUACGGACGAGGUUAUUUUUAUUAUUUUUUUUAGUGGCGACGUAUAUAAGCAACAAAAAUGACGGCAGCUGAUGUGGUUACGGAGAAUUUGGAGCUACCACCUCUGAGAAGCCUUGAUGACUUUGUUUUGGGUUCGGCAAGAUUUCAAAUUCCCAAUAUAAAGGAUUUCGAUAAAUGGGGAAACCGAGUGGUCAAAAAUCUGCUUUACUACCAAACCAAUUACUUUUUAUUGUUCUUGGCCAUUUAUGGGCUAAUGAUGAUUAUCAACCCAGUUAAAAUUAUAUGUGGAUUGACUGUUCAGGCCAUGAUUAUUGCCAUAAUACUUCAUUUCUUCGGUGGUGGUAGCCAAACGCGCUUUUUGCGUAUUCGAGUUCCAAGUGGAGGCAGCGAUACACAGAAGUGGUAUAUACUUGGUGGUGCCUUGCUGGUUGGCUAUCUUCUGCUGUAUUGGUUUGAUGCUAUUCUAUUAUCCUGCUUCACUUUAUUGCUGCCCUUCUCAUUGACGUUCAUCCAUUCGUCGUUGAGAUUGAGAAAUCUGAAGAAUAAGGUCGCCAACACUGUUGCCAGCGUCAAUAUGGGCCCCUCAACACCAAUGGGGGUAUUUUUGGAUGCUUUCAACAUUGCCGCAGAUCGUGUUCUCAGUUAAAUUAACCCAAUUGUUCUUGGUCGCAGCAAUAUGAUGAAGGAUGUAAUGGAUGGCAGACACGACUUUGUGAGAUCUGUUUUGUAUACUAAACAGACAAAUUUUUUAUUUGAAAAUAGCUAUUCGGAGAGAUUGCGAAAAUUGCAAAGAUGGAUUGAUUAGUCGAUAACGGAAAAGGUAAAAAUUUAAUAUUAAACAAACUUAAUGAGUAAUAUGUCCAUACAGUUGAUUUGUUUAGCCUUUCACUAGAGUUUAUAAAAAAACGUAUGCCUCUAAUGGAAUAUAAUUGAUUAGUUGCUCGAAUCACAAACAUGGUGUCAAAUAGAAUGAUUCAAUUAAUUAAUAGCUACGAUAAAAAUUGGCCAUAAAAGACCCUGGGGACACUAAAAAUACACCUGACAAUAUGUUAUAUUGUGGAUCCAAUAUUGUAUUGGAUGUAUGUAUAUUUUUUCGAGUAACACUUGACAAACGUCUAAAAUUAUCCCUUUUUUGACGUUGUCCCAUUUUAAACUGCACCAUGUAAAACUUAAAAACAACACUUUUUUGGUGUUAAAACACAUUGUGUUGAUUCUUUAGAUUCAAUAAAGGCUCGAGUAAAACCUUUGGUCAGCCAAUAAAGUUGUCCAUUUUUCCGUUGUAUUAUACUUGAAACAACACCUAUACAUUACAUUUUCGUGUGGUAAAAUACACAUUGUGUUUGCUUUUUAAGGCUCAGUAAUGUCUCGUAUUAGGGUAGGUUAUUUUUAUUUCACAAGAAUUUUUGUGACUCCUUUUCGUUGAUCGACUAAUCAACAAAUAAAAUUUGAAUCUAGUUAUAUUAUUCAGUCUUCUUGUACAUAUAUCUAAGAAAUAUACAUUUAUUAUUCACAAGUC